CGCCGGGGGAAAAAUGGCGGCUGUGCAAGAUGGACCGAUGGAGCUGGACGCUGAGAAAGAAACGAAGCCCGAAAUCCUCAGCGAUGGGACGGCGAAUCCGUCGGGGAACACAGGUGGCGGGACUCUGUCCUCAUCGCCACUCACCGCAGCCCCGGCUACUGGAGCCCCGAAGCCGGAGGACCAGCAAACUCUGCUCGCGGUCCUGCAGUUCUUGAAGCGGAGUAAACUGGCGGAGUCGGUGGAAAUCCUGCGGCGCGAGGCGGGUUUAGCAGAGGAGCAGGAGGACUCGCAGACCGACGCCGGUGCAGGAGGGAAGGACGGGGACGCAGGAGAUACAAAAGCUCUGCUCAGCCGGGUGUCCAUCGCCGGUGCAGCCGCCCCGCAGAGCACCCUGACCCCCAUACCUGCGAAGAGUGGAGACGACCAGCCGGAUGUCAGUGUGGUGUUGUCAGCGUACAGCCAGCAGGGCGACCCGUCUCUGUAUAAGGUGUAUUACAGCGACCUGAAGAAGUUCAUUGAGUCAGUGCUGGACUGUCACCGGGCCGAGCUCUCGCAGCUCUUCUACCCUCUGUUCGUCCACAUGUACCUGGAGCUGGUCUACAACAACCACGAGAGCGAAGCCAAGGCUUUCUUUGAGAAGUUUAGCGGAGAUCAGGAGUGUUACUAUGAGGAUGACCUGCGAGUUCUCUGCAGUCUCACGAAGAAAGAGCACAUGAAGGGGAACGAGGCCCUGCUGGAUUUCCGGACGAGUCGCUUCGUGCUGCGCAUCUCCAGAGACUCGUACCAGCUGCUGAAGAGACACUUGCAGGAACGGCAGAACAACCAGAUAUGGAACAUCAUUCAGGAGCACUUGUACAUCGACAUCUUUGACGGCAUGCCACGCAGCAAGAGCCAGAUCGACAGCAUGUCCGGCAGCCUUGCAGGAGAGGCCCGACGAGAAGUCAAUAAAGUCAAGGUAUUCUAUGGGCUACUGAAGGAACCAGAGAUCGAGGUUCCACUAGAUGAUGAAGACGAGGAAGCAGAGAACGAGGAAGGGAAGCCCAAGAAGAAGAAGACUAAAAAGGACAGCAUGGGCUCCAAGAGUAAGAAACAAGACCCAAACGCCCCUCAACAGAACAGGAUCCCUCUGCCAGAGCUGAAGGACUCGGAUAAACUGGACAAGAUCAUGUACAUGAAGGAGAGCACCAAAAGAAUCCGCCUCGGCCCAGAAACCCUGCCCUCCAUUUGCUUCUACACAUUCCUCAACGCCUACCAGGGUUUGACAGCUGUAGAUUUCACUGAUGACUCUAGUCUGAUAGCGGGAGGCUUUGCAGACUCUACAGUCCGCGUGUGGAGCGUCACACCCAAAAAACUACGCAAAGUCAAAUCUGCUGCAGACCUAAAUAUGAUUGAUAAAGAGUCAGAUGAUGUUCUGGAGAGGAUCAUGGAUGAGAAGACGUCCAGCGAGUCUAAGAUCCUCCACGGUCACAGUGGGCCGGUGUACGGGGUCAGCUUUAGUCCAGACAGGAACUAUCUGUUGUCCAGUUCUGAGGACAGUACAAUCCGACUGUGGAGCCUGCAGACGUUUACUUGUCUUGUGGGGUAUAAAGGACACAAUUAUCCAGUGUGGGACACUCAGUUCUCACCAUUCGGCUACUACUUUGUGUCUGGAGGACAUGACAGAGUGGCACGGCUCUGGGCGACGGAUCAUUACCAACCUUUACGGAUAUUUGCUGGUCAUCUCGCAGACGUCACCUGCACACGAUUUCACCCCAACUCCAACUAUGUGGCCACAGGCUCGUCCGACCGCACUGUACGACUCUGGGACGUCCUGAAUGGAAACUGUGUUCGCAUCUUCACAGGUCACAAGGGGCCCAUCCAUUCUCUGGCGUUCUCUCCUAAUGGGAAGUUUCUGGCCUCCGGAUCCACCGACGGGAGAGUUUUGCUGUGGGAUAUUGGACAUGGGCUGAUGAUCGCAGAGCUGAAGGGUCACACUGGCACUAUUUAUGCCCUCAAGUUCAGCAGAGAUGGAGAAAUCAUUGCAUCAGGCUCUAUGGACAACACCGUCCGUCUGUGGGAUGCCAUGAGAGCCAUCGAUGACGUAGAAACAGACGACUUCACUGCAGCAACGGGCCACAUUCACCUGCCGGACAACUCUCAGGAGCUGCUGCUGGGGACGUACCAUAGCAAAUCCACAGCCGUCACACACCUGCACUUCACCAGACGCAACCUCCUCCUGGCCGCAGGCUCCUACAACUCCCAGUGACCGAAACACUGACCCCCAUGUAGCUGUGAUGAUCUAUCAAUAAUGGUGCAUAAUAUUUAAAGAUUCAUUACCGGUCAUCCUAACAUGUGAAAUAAGCGAAACGAAAUAGUUAAAGCACUGAACAUUACGCUGAUACCUCCAUUCAGAAAUCAGAUCUAUUCGUGCUCAUGAGCUAAUUUUGUUUUGCCUCGAUGACUUUACUGCCAAAUGUGCUCAUUCGUAUGCAUCAUGUGUGUGAAAAUGACACGGCUGGUCUGACUUUGUACAUAUACCCAUGAACGUUUUUUUGCAAUUGAUCGUCGAAACGUGAUGCAUACGAGUGCUGGUCUAUACAAGCUUUUAUAAUACUGCCUAAAUGUGUAAAUAAAACAAGUUUUCUACA